AUGUCCGAGUACACCCUGCCGACGUUUACGUACCUUCUGUACGACGACCAUCUGCUCUUAUCAGCAGUGUACAACUCCGGUGUGAGACACUUCAGCCGGGCGCAGCGCCUGGUCUGCUGCCUGACGCAGACCACACUGUGGAUGGUGGGCAGCGCUAUGUGGUACGGGGUCAGACUGGGGGCACACGAUGUCAUUCUGUUCGACGCAGGAGUCAUCACUCUCCGUCUAUCGGAACUGAUUGGUACUGCAGCAACAUCAUUCACAGUGUUCCUGCCAGUUUACGCAAUCCUCGUGCCGAUGUUUCGCAAGCAGCCUCCGCUGGAGGAUCAUAUUCCGCCAGGACCGAUAAAAACGCCGACAUCUCCAUCCAUCCGCCGGUUUCCGUACAAGACGGUUGCGUGGAUCCUCGCCAUCCUGACGUCUGUCUGCAGCAGCUUCUUCGUCAUCGUGUACAGUCUGCAGUUUGGAGCCGGGAGAAGCCAGGCCUGGCUGAAGGACUUCGUCCUGGCAUUCCUGUUCACUACGUUUGUACUGGAGCCUGUUCAGAUUUUUCUGAUCGCUUACACAAAGGCAGUCAUCAUCGGACCUAUUGUCUGGUCUGUGACCGCUUGUGUUCGGGGACUUUUGGGGACGAACCUUUCUGGCACAGGGCGACCUCCAAUUGGUGUUAUUCAGAAGAGGAGCAGGGAUUAUGAAGUUCCCGCUCGGAGAGUUUUGCCGCCAGCCCCGAAGAAAACCGACCAUGACCCGAACUGGGUCGAGAAGAUGACAAAAGGCAGAAGCAUCCUGGUGCUCCUGAUGUUUCUCCUCGUCUUCACUGGAAAUGCCUUUUACAUCGGGAUUCUGGGCUUCGAUAGACACGCCUACCAUGUCAGGACCUCACUGGAGAACACGCUACUAUCUGGAUAUGAGGAGGUCGCCACAGCAGACGAUGCUUGGAAGUGGCUGUCGUCGGAACUGAUGCCGUCCCUCCACCCAGAGCGUGGGUACAGCGGGCAGAAGCUGAGGUGGCUGGACAAACAGUUUCCUGCUGGAACAAACGCAUUCCGGAUCGGUUCUUUUCGCCUGGAGAGAACCACCGAGUAUCCAGAUGACCCAAUAGACAUAGACCUCGAAACCAGUGACCAAAGGCUUCAUCCUGAGCUGAUGAUGAAUCUGAUCACAAGAGCUCUUCGCCGACAGAGCGAACAAAGCUGCUCUUACAACAGGACUGCAAGUAUUGUCGACGAAGUCAGAAAUGGCACUUCGGCGUGCUUGACCACGGUGGACCUGGCACGGGAUGCUGAUCAGGCUGCUGCAGUGAUAGACUUCCUAAAGCAGACCGACUGGAUCCUGAUGGUUUCAGACACUCUCAUUCUCCGGGCCAACUUCUACCACCCUGACGUGAAGCUUUUCAGCAGCGUGGUGUUCAGGCUGCAGUACCUCCCAGGGGGCGCUGCUGAACUCCAGCCCAGUAUCCAGACCUUCCGACUGUUCCAGUACCAGACAGCAGACGACUAUGUCCAGAUGAUUUUCCACAUCUUGUUCGUCCUUUUCUACAUCUACAGCGUCCUUGGUGAGAUUUGGAACAUACGGAAGAGUGGUCGUGCGUACUUCGUCAAUUUCUGGAACAUCUUGAUCCUGAGCAACAUUGGCUUGUCGACAGCCGUCAUUGUGACAUUCGCACUUCGGUACAUCCAGGCAGCUGCUGCACUGCGUGACAUACAACAAGCAAAAGGGCUGUUCGGUAUCAAUGAGUUUGUAGACAUCAGUACCGCAGGCCAAUGGGACGCUACCUUCAAGGAGGUCCUGUCCUUCUCCAUCUUCAUCAGUACCUUCAGCAUCCUGCGGGUUCUCAACUUCUCCAGGGGCGUGGCUACCGUCUACGCUUUGCCUCAUCUGCUAUACAGCGAAGCCUUUGGGUUUGCGGUGUACAUGCUGGUCAUCAUAGUGGCCUACGGCUUCAGUGGGAUCUUAAUCUUCGGCAAAAACAUGGAGACCUUCUCCGCCUUUAAGAAAACGUCGUACGUGCUGUUUGAGAUGGGCUUGGGGAGGCCGUUCGUCGGAGUCUUUGCGGACGAUAUGAAGGCAGUGGAUCGUGUCAUGGGACCUCUGUAUUAUUCUACGUUCGUCAUGGUCUUCGUCUUUUACCUGCUGAACCUGGCAGUCGGGAUGCUGUGUAACUGGCUGAGCUACUGUAAGACGGCUGAAGACAUCGGCGUGGACACGGCGAUGGGAGAUUACUUCUGGAACUCCCUCAGGAGUCUUCUGGGCAUGCGUCACGAGCCCCAAGACUUUGACGAUGAAGCACCACUUCCGGACCACUUUGUGGAUGAGACCCUCCAGCGGACGGACAUGGUACUGCAGGAAGUGGAAAGGGUGACCGACCUCAUGUACACCUUUGAGUGCAAGAAGCGUCAACUGAUUCAAGUUCAAAGGCUUGACGCACCUCAAGCGGGCACAAGCUCGACAUAACUGAAAUACUGAACGAAAAUACGCUAAAAUAUGAUUUCAUCAAGCGACACUCCACCUGAACGCAGUCUGAUGAAAUAUCUAGAUUUUCUUAAAAGCUUAAUGCAAAUUAGAUUUUUACCUUUACAUAAUUCAUAUGUAGGGGCAUUCAGGUUUAGCUCAAUUUACGCAUGUAUUAAGUUAAGUAUGUAAUCCCAUCGUUUAUCCCAAAGUAACUAUGGCUUGUAACAGCUUAUGUGGUGUUUGCGGUUCAACUUGCCUGUUUGUCUGAUCGAUAACUUUGCAGUGCGUCUAUGACUUUUUUUUCGUUUGGAACUUUCAAUUAUUUGAAGUCACACCGGCGAUAAUAUCAAGUCGGAACGCUUGACUCUCACAGCCGAGCACUGGCUCUAUGUCCGAGCUGUCGGCGAAAUCCACCAAAGUAUAUAUUGCCUUCCUCUGCUUCCAGAAAAGAAGUCAAACCAACCUAGCUAGAUAUAGUUAACACUAGUAUUAGAU